AAUCAGCACAGGUUUACAAUGAUAUAAAGACUUAGUCCCAUUUGCUUUUUUCCCCCCCUCCCUUUUCUGUUUCAACGUUUUUAAGAAUAUCGGCGGUUUGGGGAAAUAUAUUUUUUUACUCAAGCAAUGCGCUGGGAUUGAUUGUUGAUUUGCUCCAAGUGUGUCGUAGUCUCGGAGCUGCCGACAUAACUCAUGAAAGUCUCUUCGGAGCGACGCUUUUAUGGACUCGUGCGUUCUGGUUAAUGAUGUCUAUGGGGUUUACGCCUGACAGCCUGAAUGCCUCCGAUCCCGCAAAAUCGGCCUUUCUAGAAUUCGGCCACGGACAUCCGGGACUCAACCAGCACCAACACCAGCAGCAGCAACAACACCAACACCAACACCCCUCAACGGGACUCUCUCACAUCUAUCCCGUCCAUGGGUUGCACGCGAGCGGGCACUCUCAGCACGAGAGCUCCUUCGCUCACAGCGCGUCCUCGUACGGGCGCUCUCUGGGCUACUCGUACCCAGGCGCGGGGAACGCUCACCCCCCGUCCGCGUACGGGCCGUACCAGCACAGUAACCCAAGCAACAGUAACGUCCACCUGGCCCACUCGAGGUCGUCAGAGGAGACGGAUCGCGAGAAGUCGACUGUGAUUGAAAACGGGGAGAUACGCCUGAAUGGCAAAGGCAAGAAGAUCCGCAAACCCCGCACCAUCUACUCCAGCCUGCAGCUGCAGGCGCUCCACCAGCGCUUCCAGCAGACCCAGUACCUUGCGCUGCCGGAGCGCGCUGAUCUGGCGGCCAAACUGGGGCUGACGCAGACGCAGGUAAAGAUCUGGUUCCAGAACAAGCGUUCCAAGUACAAGAAGAUCAUGAAGCACGGCGGUGUGGCGGAAGGGGAGCAUCUCCACAGCACCUCGUCGGUUUCCCCGGCCCGCUCCCCCGUGCUCCCCCAGCUCUGGGAGGUGUCCAUGGCCAACAAAGGGACGCCCAUGCAUCCCACCAAUUACAUGAACAACUUUGGUCACUGGUACCCAAACCACCACCACCAC